AUGGUGGAGCUGAUGCUGAUGCAGAAUGCCCAGAUGCACCAGAUCAUCAUGCACAACAUGAUGCUGAAGGCCAUUCCCCCCAUGGCUCUCUCCCCAGCCUCAGGACAUCCACCUGCAACCCCGCACUCAGCCCCCACGGACGUGUACUCCAGAGCGAGGGGAAGUGCUGUCCACCACCACCACCACUACGGCCCAUCGCUGCGCCAGCUGCCCCCCAUCUCCUACCCCAUGUGGGGCUCCCAGGCUGGGGCGGUCCAGCCCUCCAUACAGCACGUCAUGGGCCCCAUAUCGCUCCCUCCUCUCAGCACCGGUCACCGAUGGAGCUAAUGCAGGAUGAUGCGCUACAUCAGGAGAAGUUUUGAUUGACUAUUCGUCACAGCAGACCUCAUACACCAUAUAACAUCACCUCUCUCCUCAACUCAAAUCCUGUUGGUCCUCGCAAUAAUAAUAAUAACUCCUCCUGUGUAUGCAUCAAGUAGUUUAUGAAUGUGUAUUUCCUAUG